AUGGAUGAUGAGGGAUUCGAAUCUGCUUUUAUUGAAACCUUAAUAACUUAAUAAGAUAAGUAACCUACAUUCAUAUUCACUUCUCUUCCCACUCCCAAUCCUAUAAUAAACUAAUUAUACAAUAGAGAAGUGACAAAUGACAUAAAAGAUAUCGAAAAUUCAUUUAAGUGUGUUUAUAAGAAAUAAUAUGGAUCAAAAGUGAGUAAUCAACAUUUUAAAUAAUUAAAUCUCAAUGAAUUAUAAACACCUAUAAUCAUUCAAACUAAACAGUUACCACUAUUUGAUUCCAAUUUUACAUGUGGAAAUCUAGCUGCAGUUUAUCAAGUUGAUAAAUUUGAAUAUGAUUUACUUCUACAAGAAGACAUCAACUCUACUAGCUAUUCUUAAUGGUUUUACUUUAGAUUAACUAAUCCCAACGAUUAAAAAUGCAGAAUAAACAUCAUUAAUAUGGUAACUUAUAAUAUUUAACAAAAGACUAAGAAUUAUUUACAGUAUUAAAAUGGUUUUGGAGUGUAUAUCAAAUUAAAUUCUUAAUGGGAAGUACUCAAAUCUUAAGUAUUAGUCAAAUAAUCUUAAUAUUUUAAAUCCAAUUUCUGUAAAACUACAACAACUAAAUUAUAUACUCUCUCUUUUUGGAUAAAUAGAUCAUCUAAGACAUUAGAGAUUGCACUUGGAAUCCCUUAUACUCAUUUAGAUUUAGAUAGAUAUUUACUUAAAUUUCAAUCAGAAAUCCUUGCAUAUACAAUUUCAGGAUUACCUGUAAAAAUGGUUCAAUUUGGAUCUAAAAGAAGUGAUGUUAUUUUAGUUAUUGCACGUUAACAUCCUGGAGAGACUGUAUCUUCUCAUGUAUGUUAAGGUUUUCUUGAGGCACUAUCAAAUGACAAAACAUUAUAAUUAUUUUAUAAUAUCAUUGUUAUUCCAAUGGUCAAUCCAGAUGGAGUAAAAUGGGGUAAUUUUAGAUGUGAUUUAAGUGGGAAAGAUUUGAAUAGAGUAUGGUAAAAUCCUAGAUUAAAAUAUCAUCAAUAAAUAAUUUAAAUAAGAAAUCUAAUUCAGAAAAUAUUGAAUGAAGGUAGAUAAAUAAAAACAUUUAUUGAUUUGCAUGGUCAUUCAAGAAAAUUAGGAACUUUUAUGUAUGCUUGUAGAAACAAUGAUGAUCCUAUUGAAUGUAGAAUAUUACCUAUGAUAAUGGCAGAAAAUUCUAAAUAUUUCGAUUUCAAUUCAUGUACAUUUAAUUUAAAAUCUUAUAAAUUAAAAACAGCAAGAGCUUUUGUUUAUAAUUAAAUUUAAAAGUUUAAUCCUAAUAGUUUUCAUAAUAUUGUUACUCUUGAAACAUCAUUUUUUGGUUAUAAAUAAGAUAAUAAAAUAAUUUAAUAUUCUUAAAUUGAUUUAACAUAAAUUGGAAUAGAUUUGCAUUAAUCAUUAAAAAUCUAUCAUAUGUAAUAAGAAUAAAAAACUAAAAUAUUUUAAGAUCUUGAAUUAAAUAAAUAGUAUUAUUAAUAAAUUGAUGAAAAUUAACCUUCAGAUGAUAGUGAUUCAGAACCUGAAAUUGGAAUAAUUCCUGAUGAAAAUAUUCAAAAAAAAACUAUUCUAUCCAAAAAUUCUAUUAAAUUUUUAGGUGAUGUACCUAAAACUAGUACUUUAAAAAAAAGAACUUUAAAGAAAGUAUCAAAUCCAUAAUUAGUUGGAUAAUAUGAUAAAAAUUAUAGAUUUAAUAGAUUGUCAAGAACUAAUAGCAAAUCUUAAAUAGCCAUAAAUUAAACUGUUUAAAUAUAAUAAACAUUAUCUCCUAAUAUUACUAACUUUUAUAAAAUCAAUAGAAAUCUUUCAUCUCAUAAUACUGAUCAUAUUCAUAUGCAUUCAAACAAUGGUGAACCAUAUGAAAAUGUUCAAUCAUGUAGAUUAUUAAGAUAAAGUACAACAAGAACACCGAAAGAGUUUAAAAUGAAAUCUGAAUAAAGAUUAAAAUUUCAUAGUCCUAAUGACAAACUCAUAAUAUUCGAAUAAAAUUUGAAGAUAAAAAGAAAGAAUACCUAAAAAAUUAAAUUAUUUUGA